GAAGAAACCGAAGCAUCUAAUACUUUAACAUGUCAGUCAGUUGGGCAUCUAAUAAGUCUCUUAUUAGUUGGUAGUAGUCUCACAAAUCAAGACUUUUUCUCUACCUACCCUUUUGAAAGCCUCGAAGAUAUAUAACUAUAUAACCUAAUAUGAGCGAUGUUGGCUUGAAACUCUUUUAUCAGGCAGAAUUUUAAUAAACCGAAUAUAGGUCUACAAAAUGUGAUUUCUACCUAACCAUAUAAGAGUCUAUUGAUCCUAACGCCCAGUCCUAAAUAGCCCCCCAUAUCAAAAACAAUUUCAGACUCAACAGAGUAAUCUACAGAGACCGUAAUUUUCCAGGUAGAAAUGUCUAUCUUUCUUUAAGGUUUACACAGAAAUAAAUAUUUGACAAACUGCGUGAUACCGGAAUACAAUGCCAAGCCAACCUUCUCUCUGUAGGCAACCACCCCUUUUCUAAUGGGCGUUUGCGGUGCAACCAAUCAGAAGCAUCUGAAAGAUGAUGGCUGCAAGGUCCUACUAUGCACAUAAAUAGCAUUCAUUCCGAACACAGACCAUAAUCUCAGAUCUACAGUAUCGCACAAACUUCGCCCGAUAGGUCACAUUCGUUCAACAAUCAACCAGUCAGUAUGCAUCGACAACCUCGGGAACUAGAGGCCCGUCGUCGCAGGCUAGCCGCCGAGGCUGGACGGCAGCGGGCGGCAGCAGCCCGCCCUCUUCAAAUCAUCACGACUGAGUCCGAGUCCGAGCCUUUGGCGGAAGUGGACGUGACAGGAUUGGGUCGUCUAGCUAAUUUGCCCAAUGAGAUCAUUAUGGUAGUCUUUAACAACUGUAGCCUACGUUCUCUCUUACGACUUGAGCGUGUGAACAAGGCUGCUAAAACGUUUGUGAACCUCUUACAAGAUAUCGAGUACAUCAAAGAGACCGCGAAGGGUAUCAUUCAACGCGCGGUGCCACAUUACCGCAACUUCAUGUUCACUAUCUUGAAGAUCACAACGUAUCAUGGAUUACGAUAUCUUUUAACUACCUUCACCUGCGAGACUUGCGGCAAGCCGGGAUCGUUUCGCAUGAUCAAAGUCAAGGUCCUCUGUGAGGAUUGUCACUGUCCGAGGAAACAAUAGGAAACCCGAAGGUGACCGCAUACCGAUUAGAGACGGUUCGUUAGAGCACAGAAUACUACGAUUGCUUUCUUUUCUAGGAAGACUAAUAUUAAAUCGCCAGUUUCGAUGACCUAGAGGCGAUUAUAUCAAGGGGUUAUGUACAAGCGUGCGGUAUUGAUUUCUUAUAUUACCUACAAGUUAUUAGCAGGACCAGAAAACAAAAAGAACAUCCCAACGCCAAAAUGAUGCGUCGGAAACCAUGAUUAUGGUAUAUGAAAUAGGCGUUAGCAAUAUCGUGGACUUUAAUUUAUGGGUAGGCGAUGAUUUCGAAAGGCUACUUACUAUUUUGUAUCUACCUGGCCAAGGAAAAGUAUCUUAAGACUGCGACAAGAUCUGUUAGCACAAUAUUAUACCUAGAUAAUGUGACAUCACCACUAUGAUAGAUCAGCAAACGCCAUU